UAAUGUCCAGAAGAAGCGGUCGUCUACAGGCAAGAAAUGGAAACGCUGACACUGAAAACCAAUGUCCCUCCACUGUUGCUAUAAGGAAGAGGAAAGCUGAGGAAACAAAGUCAACACAAGAAUAUCCACAUGACACCAAAAGACAUAACUAUGAGAUCCAGGGCUGCUGGUCACAGAUAACAGCUGGAGUGGUUACCCCAUGCGUUCUUAUUGAAACGCCACAAAAGGAUUCUCCAGUCACUCCUGACAUCUCAAAGUUCACACGAUACCGGUUCCAGAAUCUCUUCAUAAAUCCAUCUCCAUUACCAGACCUCAGUUGGGGCAACUCCAAAGAUGUAUGGCUUAAGCUGCUGAGCAAGGAGAACAAAUACAUCCACUCAAGUCAGAUUCUACAACCUCACAGCGCACUAACGCCUGAUAUGCGCUCUAUUUUAUUGGACUGGCUUAUAGAGGUUUCUGAAGUUUAUUCACUGCACAGAGAAACUUUCUACCUUGCUCAAGAUUACUUUGACAGAUUUAUGUUGACACAGACGUCUAUCAACAAAGGCAUGCUCCAGCUGAUCGGGGUGACAUGCUUGUUCAUUGCUUCUAAGAUAGAGGAAAUCUAUCCUCCUAAACUUCAUGAAUUUGCUUAUGUUACGGAUGGAGCUUGCAGCGAGGAGGAUAUUGUUCAGAUUGAACUCAUUAUACUGAAGGCUCUUAAAUGGGAACUUAGUCCCAUGACUGCAGUUGGCUGGUUAAAUCUCUAUCUUCAAGUCUCGUCUCUGCAAGACUGUCCUAAACUUCUUCUACCUCAGUAUUCACAGGAACAAUUCAUCCAAAUAGUACAGCUUUUAGAUCUGUGCAUUCUCCAUAUUACCUCUCUGGAUUUCCAGUAUAGGAUUCUGGCAGCUGCAGCUUUAUACCACUUUACUUCAAUGGAAGUAGUAGCAAAGGCGACAGGUCUGAAUUGGGAAGACAUUUCACAAUGUGUGCACUGGAUGAGCCCUUUUGUGAGAGCGGUACAGAAGAACCCACCCGUAAAACUCAAGGCGUUCAAGAAAGUUUCUGUAGAAGAUCGACACAACAUCCAAACUCACAUGAACUACCUUGACAUGCUGGAAAACGUUGAGGUAAAAGCUGAAGCAGUGCUGCCGGAAGAACAGUCUCCAAUGGCUGUUGCAGGCAUUUUAACUCCCCCCAAGAGUACAGAGAAGACUCAGAAUUUAUAAUGGAGACUGAUCCAUUGGGACAUUUUAUGGGGGUGUGGGGGGCCCUGG